AUGGUUCUUAGGCCCCAAUUAUUCACUUGGCAAACUCUAGGCUCGGGUCGCGCACCGCCUAACUGCGGGGAGUGAGCCACGCGGGCCGCCGUAGUCAGCUGCUGCGAGCAGGAAGUGUCCGAGUAGCGGGCGGAGUCUGCACGAUGGCACCGGACCCCUGGUUCUCCACGUAUGAUUCUACUUGUCAAAUUGCCCAAGAGAUUGCUGAGAAAAUUCAACAACGAAACCAGUAUGAAAGAAAAGGUGAAAAGACAACCAAGCUUACGGUGACAAUCAGAGCUUUGUUGCAGAACCUGAAGGAAAAGAUCGCCCUUUUGAAGGACUUAUUGCUAAGAGCUGUGUCAACACAUCAGAUAACACAACUUGAAGGGGAUCGAAGACAGAACCUAUUGGAUGAUCUUGUAACUCGAGAGAGACUACUUCUGGCAUCCUUUAAGAAUGAGGGUGCCGAACCAGAUCUAAUCAGGUCCAGCCUGAUGAGUGAAGAAGCUAAGCGAGGAGCGCCCAACCCUUGGCUCUUUGAGGAGCCAGAGGAAACCAGAGGCUUGGGUUUUGAUGAAAUCCGGCAACAGCAGCAGAAAAUUAUCCAAGAACAGGACGCAGGCCUCGAUGCCCUUUCCUCCAUCAUAAGUCGCCAAAAACAAAUGGGGCAGGAAAUUGGGAAUGAACUGGAUGAACAAAAUGAGAUAAUUGACGACCUUGCCAACCUAGUGGAGAACACAGAUGACAAACUUCGCACUGAAACCAGGCGUGUGAACAUGGUGGACAGGAAGUCCACCUCUUGCGGGAUGAUCAUGGUGAUUUUAUUGUUGCUCGUGGCUAUUGUGGUUGUUGCAGUCUGGCCAACCAACUGAUGACAAUAAAGAGACCACCAGCUGUGAUACCUGCCAAUGACGGACAAAAGCCCAGCACCCUUCUGGUAGCAAAACCUGCUCUCAAUAAAUUUCCCCAAAGCUGUGAA